AUGCUCAGCUGCACUACAUCCAGCAUGCCCGGGAUGAUCUGCAAGAACUCGGACCUGGAGUUUGACUCGCUGAAGCCCUGCUUCUAUCCGGAAGAAGAUGACGUCUACUUUGGCGGUCGCAACUCCACGCCUCCGGGGGAGGACAUCUGGAAGAAGUUUGAACUGUUGCCUACGCCUCGGUUGUCACCCAGCCGCGCUUUAGCGGAGCACAGCCAGGAGCCGGUGAACUGGGCUACCGAGAUGCUGCUGCCUGAGGCCGACCUAUGGGGUAACCCAGCCGAGGAGGAUGUUUUUGGCCUGGGAGGACUCUGUGGCCUCAGCAACAACCCGGUCAUCCUUCAGGACUGCAUGUGGAGUGGUUUCUCCACCCGGGGGAAGCUGGAGAGUGCGGUAAGCAAGAAGCUGCCAAACGGCUCUGGGUCCCUGCCCGCCGGCCGCAGCACCUCGGCCCCUAGAGCGACUGCUGCAGCCAGCUCUGCGGGCCACGCGCGCAGCGGAACAGCAAGUGUGGGGCGUGGGAAAGCCGCCUGGCUCACAGAGCUCGCCCACCUGGACUCAGAGUGCAUGGACCCCGCUGUGGUCUUCUUCCCAGCGAACAAGCGCCAGUGGGUGCCGGUACCGGCCAUCCCCGCCAAUGUUGGCACUGCCGGCACUGCAGUCAGCCGUGGUAACCACCAGGCCUCCAGCACCCCCAGAGAGAACAUCCUGAGCAACUCAGGUACUGAGAAAGAAGAUGAAGAGGAAAUCGAUGUGGUCACGGUGGAGGAAACCCAGUCCUCCAAGACUGUCUCCAGGCUCCCCACCGCGGCGCGUCCUGGGAACGCAGCUCUGGGCCCCGGGCGCGCGCAGUCCAGCGAGUUGAUCCUCAAGCGCAGAGUCCUCAUUCAUGAGCAGCACAACUACGCUGCGCCACCGUUGCCCUAUGUGCACAGCGAGGACGCGCCGCCGCACAAGAAGCUCAAGAGCCAGGCUUCACUACGGCCCCUCAAGUGCAUUCUCCCACUGAAGCCUACAAGACUGGCUCCCCGCAACUCAGAGUUGCAGGACAUUGAGCGUCGCCUCAACCACAAUAUGAUGGAGCGCCAACGCCGUGACAGUAUGCGCUCCAGCUUCCUGAUCCUCAGGGACCUUGUGCCUGAGCUGGUGCACAAUGAGAAGGCAGCCAAAGUGGUCAUUCUGAAAAAGGCCACCGAGUACAUUCGCACCCUGCAGGCUGAUGAGUGCAAGCUCCUGAUGGAAAGGGAGAGACUGCGCGCAAGACAACAGCAGUUGCUGAGAAAAAUCAAAUACCCUGAGACAUACUAAAUGUUUCUGAAAUGGACAGUUACUGCUACUUUGCACAUGUUGACUUGAAAAAAAAGAAUGUUGGUUUACCUUCAUAUUGGUCCCUUGUCAAGUUUGGAGCUGGAUAGGGGCAAGCCAUGGAGUUCUA